AUGCAUCUUCAAUUGAUCUCCCUAACCGCUCUGAGCACCUUGAUCAGCUCAGGUUCCGCGGCUCCCUCCAACGAGCUCGACAAACGCGCUUUCAGCUUUCCGAUCCCGGCGUCAAAGGGCAGUGUCACUUACAGCAAGGCCCAGACAAUAUCAGGCACCUUUGACGGCGGGUUGAAGACUUACGGCAGAGGUGUUUCUUGCACUGGCGAUGCCGAAGGUGGAGAUGCCGAUGCUGUCUUCAUCCUUGAGAACGGAGCGACGUUGAAGAAUGCCAUCAUUGGCAAGGAUCAGAUCGAAGGCGUGCACUGCAAGGGGUCGUGCACCAUUCAAAAUGUUUGGUGGACGGAUGUCUGCGAAGACGCGUUAUCGAUCAAGGGCGACGGUAACGCGCUCGUGAGUGGAGGUGGAGCCCAAGAGGCUGAUGACAAGGUCGUCCAACACAACGGAUUUGGAACCGUUACGAUCGACGGUUUCUCUGUCCAAAACUUCGGCAAGCUAUACAGGUCUUGCGGAAACUGCAGCGGUAACGGCAAGGCUCGAAACGUUGUCAUCAAGAAUGUCAAGUCUUCCAACGGAAAAGUCCUCGCGGGAAUCAACUCCAACUACGGCGACACCGCAACGAUCUCGUCGACAUGUGCGAACAGCGUCAAGCAGAUCUGCACCGAAUUCAAGGGCAACAACAAUGGCGACGAGCCCCCUGAGGUUUCGAACGGUCCGAGCAACUACUGCAAGUACUCCAGUGUCCCGGCGUGUUGA